AUGCUCGACUUGAUAUCUCUUGAGGGUGUCUACCCCUCUCUCUCUUCAGGAGUAGGCAUACCCCUCCAGCAGAGAGUUAUUUCUGUGUUGCCCGCUGGUGUGAUUGCUCAGCAACCACACAGAAUUGCGCAUGACAAGCCUCAGUAUGAGUCCCUUCUUGAGCGCAUCAUGGAUAUCCUAUCGGAUAUUCUUUUCGAUGAGAGACCCAGCAUACAGCCUGUUAUUCGCGGUCGUAUUCUGAGCGAUUUAAUCAGUGCUGCGGCAGACUUGGCCUAUAAUCCGAGCAUCCCGCAUCUUAAUACAAAGAAAAAAUACGGCGAGAUACUUUCUAGAUUGAUUGAUGAAACACCCAGCUCGGUCCUAUUAUCGACACUGUCAAGCUUUCUUCAGUCCAAUCCUGCUCCCUGGUUCAAAAGUCUAGUAUCUAGUCGACUUUCGCGGGCUCCUCUGCGUGAGGACGGAGUGUUGCAGACAAUCGUCUUUUUAGCCUCCCAGUUUGCGCCUUCGUUAGGACAAGAGUCUCAGACCCAGCUGUCAAAUGGGCCGCAUUUCACCGUACAAGGCAUCAUGCAGACAUCGCGAUUACUUUCUUCAGUACCGGAAGGGAUGGAUCCGAAGUCCUACUUUACAAGGAUUGCUCCGCAGCUUUUAGCAUUGCUGGACGGCGAGGAUCCCGACUUCAAGAAGACCGCGGCAUAUGUUAUUGGCAACGGUAUACUUGGUAAGCGAGCUUAUGGGGCCCCUGGAACUAUAGGUCACUCAAUCUUUGUGGAACCGAUCUAUAAGGUACUUGUUGGGGAGCAUGACGCUUCCACACAGCUAUGGAUGAAGGUGUGUGGCAAUUCAGCCAAGGACUUUCAGAGUCCGACAAUCAUGUGUGAACCAACCUUGCUGUUGGCAAUCGGAAGACUGACUAGCCUGACACUCCAACAUCCGAAUCCUGGUCUUGUCAAGAGGCUCGUGUAUCCCAUUCUUCUACCACUCUGGGGAUUGGCUUGUUUUUCCCUGGAGCAACAAAGACCAAAGCUCCACGAAAAAGUCAUGGCCAUCUUACAGACAUAUUUUGGCGUAUCGGUCGGAAUCCAACCUUUGAAGAAGCUGGUCGAUAAUUUGCUAUGGGAAGGUGGUGCGACGUGGACUUACGGUCUGGAUUCCAACAACCUCUUGGUGUUAGAAAAGCGUAAAAGCGCGGAAUCGGAAAGAUCGAAUAUCGUGCGACUAGUUGAUACACUACAAUCUCGGGCCAAGCUCUUUGUCACUUUACUGGGAGCUGACCCGAGCAGCGAAGAACGGACUGGCGAUAUCUUUCUAUAUGUGAGCCAGAGUUGGCUUGUCCAACCAGCACAAGAGACCCCCUUGGACCGACUGCAGUUGCCUUUGGAUACCGAAGAUUCAACCAAUAUCAUUCAGAAAUUAGUAAGCGCAAAGCUGGCGGAAGUACUCCUGGAAAACUUCAAGGACACGCUUUCACGGCGGCCCCUUCGAGUGCUUGAGCUUAUAAAGCAAGUCGUCGAAGGCGAAUUGAACAGGGUCAAGGUAUCUCAGAAGAUCAAACCUCAAGACUCCCAAGGGGUGUCACUUUCAUCCUUAGCAAACAUUGUUUCGAACGACACGCGCGGGCAAGAGGUAACUGUGGCCGGCACUGACGCAGCCGAGUCACUGCCGGCCGUGUUCAGUCUACUUUCCACCGUGCUGGCCUCCCCUGAGUUUUCUGCGACAGAGGGGAUGUUACCCGUUCUUCAAGAGCUGAAGUUAGUGCUCGAUGAGCUGAUACCGCAUCUACCAUCAUCUCUUGCCAAGCCAGGCACAACCUCGUCGAUGCUGUUGGAAAUCCAUAUCACAUCACCCGAAGGUGGCCCGGCAAAAUCGCCUGCUCAGAUCUCUGAUUUCGAAACGCAUCGCCGAGCAUUGGCCAAUCUCAAUUCUGAUCUCCCACCCGUGCAAGCUGAGGGGUUCUCGCUCCUCUCUGAUCUUAUCAAAGGAUCCUCGCCAGUUCUUGACAUACCCUCCACAUUAACCCUGCUUUUGUCGGUUAUUACUGAGCAAUCUGGAUCGUCCGCCGACGACGAAUUCAUAUAUCUAAACGCAAUCAAGUUGAUCGGGACACUAGCAUCGAGGCACCCACGCACUGUCGUGAAAACACUUGUGGACCGCUACAUCGACAGAGCCGAAACUAUCGGUCUCGACCAGAGACUCAAAAUCGGAGAGUCCUUACUGCGAACAGUUCAGGAUCUCGGAGAGGCCUUGACAGGCGAAACAGCAAAGUUUCUCGGCGAGGGUAUGAUCACCGUUGCAGGACGGCGAGCGCGCAAAGCGCAGACUCACAAGCGUCAGAAAGAAGAGCUCGAGAAGGAAAGACGAGCGAGAGAGCGCGAAGAGCGCCGAAAUAAGGAGCCCGCCAUGCCUCCAGGAUGGACCAUCACCACAAUGCCAACCAGCUCAAAGGUCGAAACAGCCGAAGAGGACGAUUCCGAUGCCGAGACUCCAGAGCAGGCUGCUCAUCACGCAAACAUCCUGUCCGCCUGGGCCGCAGGUACUCACCCAGAUGAAGAACCAGACGACCUCCGAGUCAGGGCGUCUGCGCUCUCCGUACUGGCUUCCGCAGUUCAAACUAAUAUCACAGGCCUGGGCCCAUCGAUAGCCUCAUCCGCAGUUAAUCUAGUCCUCGACACCCUCACCUUAGAGACUGGUCCUGAAUCAGCAAUCCUCCGCCGCGCAAGCGUCGUCCUUCUCCUCGACAUCCUCAAAGCAGUUGAUACCGCGAGAGAAACACGAGGAAGUCAAGGGCUGGGAUUCGGCUUCUCCCUCUCCGACGAAAGUACCCGACGCCGCUGGGAUAAUCAAAAUGAAGAAACCCGUGGUCCCGCUACAAUAGGCAAUAUCCCUCAUAUGCUUCGCGUUUUGACCUUCGUGGAAAGCAAAGAAACAGACAGCAUUGUUCGUGGUCACAUCCGCGUGCUGAUUGAGAACUUGGAAGCGUGGCUGGAGAAGUCGCUGCUAUGGGGCAUUGGGGCGCAGGGCGGAGAUGCAGACGAGAUCCAACCGAGAUUGGAGUUGGGUGAUAGGAUAGCCGGUCUAAGCAUCGAUCCGAUGGCUGAUAGACAAGGUGCACGACCGCGGAUUGAAGAAAUUGAGUGA